GAGAUGCAGUACGGUGCGUCGCAGUAGAGGUAUUCGCGUGGUAACGUCGUAGCAUACUGUCCCUAAGGCCAACUCCGAAAAUAGAACUCAGAGCACCGACGGCGUUGAAGGCAAUAGGCUAUACCACUGGCACAACACAAACAAAAACAAACCACCUUUGAGCGCCGAUUUCACAGUCUUAACAAGGAGUAGCCAUGGAGCAUGAAGGAUCGCACCGUUUUGCAAGGAAAAAGCGAAGGACUCGCCUCUGGCUAAUCAUGGGUCUCUGUGCAGUACUUUCACUUGUCGUUAUCCUCGCUAUUUCUCUGGGAGUAGUGCACAGUCACGCACUGUCUAGUUCCAGCCCAUCGAGUGAAAGCCUAAAAAAAACGUUUAUUGACAAAUGUGAAGCAUUUAUACAGAACAACAAAUCUUCAAGUGCAAACAACUGUCAAAAGAUAUGGAGUGCAUUUCAGCAAGCAUUCGUGGGGAGGGACCCAUGUAAUGUACCGAUGGAGGCCUAUGACCCCCUUAUCCAUACUGUGAUCCAGGAUCCUGUCUGUAACAGGAUGUUGUUUUGGAGCAAAACAAAGAAAAUAGUGCAUGACUUCACAGAGAAGCGAGAUUGCUUCUUGACCCUCGAGGACACACUAGUUGGCUUCAUCAUGAAUGGACUGACCUGGUGUGGCAAGGAGGAGAGCAAUGAAACGUUCACCACAGGGUGCCCAGGCUGGACAGACUGUGUCAACAACACAGUUCGUUCAUUCUGGAAUCGGGCCUCAGCAGCAUUUGCAGAUGCCGCAUGUGGUGAUGUCACAGCCAUGCUGAAUGGAUCUAUUGCCACUCCUUUCAGCCCCACCAGUAUUUUUGCCACCAUCGAGGUGAAACGGUUCAAAGCUGCCAAAGUGAAGAGCCUGAGUGUUGUCCUGGUGACCAAGGAGAAUAAGGGGACAACCUGUGAUGAUCCCUCCUUACAGGACCUACAGAAAGAGAUAGAGCCAAAACUCAAGUAUAAUUGCAAGGCGGUUCCUGAGUCUAAGAUCCAGGACUGCAUUUCCCACCCAGACACAGCUUGUGGCGCCUGCUGGUAAUACUGUCCAAUCAGCAGUGAACAAGGCGUGGUCGUCAAGAGUAUAAAUGGAUAUUAUUCCAUCAUGGAACCAUGAACUAAUAUUUUAUCUGUCAUCAAGCAGCCCCAGGCCUACCCUGAUCGGCAUAGCUUCCAUUCUCCAUUCUAAGUUCUUACAAUUGAAUCAUUUCCAUAGUACCUCCUUUUAUCUUAAAUGACAAUUGCACCCUUUAGCAACCUAAUUUUCAUUAUCUCCAGCACAAUAGAACAUCAAAAAUGUAUUGUUGAUGAGAUUUGUGGUGGCGUGGAGAGAAAGAAAACACCCUCAUUGCAGGUUUUGAAAAUCACUUUUUCUUACACAUUAAAAAAUAAAGGUGCAAGUUGGAACCAAAUAUGGUUCUUGAGAGCGAUACCAUAGGGGAACCAUUUUCAUGGGAUGGUUCUUUGAAGAACCAUACAAAAAUUCAAAUCCAAAAAUGUUUCAGCACUCCAGGACCAGAAUUUAAAAGCCCUGCUGUAGGUUUUUAAGCCUUAUUUGCAUAUUUCCCAGGGUGCCUUUCACAUUUAAAAAAAAAUCCCAAGUGUGCCGGGUAGGCGGAGUGUUCCAAUUGAUCACCAUUUAAUGUGUCCAAAGGUCUCGUUUUUCAACCACUCCACAAAUUUCUUGUUAAAACAAUCUAUAGUUUUGGCAGUCGGUUAGGACAUCUACAAGUGAUUUUUCCAACAAUUCUUUACAGACAUAUUAUU